AUGGGAAAUUCCAUCUCUUACACCACCACGGACUGUCAAGUCGUCAUACCCAACCGAGGGUGUAUCAAAGGCCUUCAGUUUGAUGACAAGUCACGGAGAUUUGCAGGUAUCCCGUACGCAAAGCCCCCAAUUGGUGAUCUGAGAUGGAAAAAGCCGCAGCCUUUGGCGGACACCUAUAGCUACUCAUCAUCUGAUGGGGUCAACCCGUACGAUGCCACAGUAUUUGGUCCUGUGUGCCCUCAACCAAAUUAUUCAAAAGUGGUCAGCGAACAUGUCCCGGAGCAUGUCUAUGAUGAGAACUGUCUUCGAGUCAACAUCUGGACCCCGGUUGCUGAUCCUUCCGAUCCAGACAAAAAAUGGCCAGUCAUGAUCUGGUUCCAUGGGGGGUGGUUCCAGGUCGGAGACCCUAGCCAGGAGGCCAGCAUGGAUCCGACGGAGCUUAUUUCUACUGGAAAGCUCCAGGCCGUCUUUGUUGCGGUGGGAUACCGACUCAAUAUCUUUGGUUUCCUGGCGGGCCAUGCUCUUCUUGAAGAGUCAAAUGGGGAAUCAACGGGCAACUAUGGACUGUGGGAUCAACGUCUAGCUAUCGACUGGGUCCAUAAGCACAUUGAAGCUUUUGGGGGAGAUGCCAGCAAAAUGCAUUUGACAGGGCGUAGCGCAGGCGCUUAUUCAGUUCUCACUCAGGCUUUGUAUGAUUUCAGGUCUGCUGGAAGUGAUCACUUUCGAUCUCUGGUUGUGUAUUCCAAUGCCAUUCCAACGCAGCCAAAAACCAUCGCAGAAUCCGACUCCCAGUUUGAGGAGGUUUGUCGGCACUUUGGAGUGCCUCCCAGUUUGAACACAGUUGAAAAGCUCCAAUUUCUGCGUAAGAUAAGUGCCAAGGAUCUCUGCACCGGAAUAAUGGACCUUGACAACCACACCUUCCGUCCUGUGACAGACAAUAUCUUCGUUCAACCUGGAAUCUUUGAAUACUACCGAGAUGGCUCUUUUGCGGAAGUGUUUAAAAAACGCAACCUGCGCUUAUUAAUUGGUGAGGUGCUCAAUGAAGAUACCCUGUACGCAGUCACGAACGGCCCAGAGCCAAAUUUGGCAUCCCUCCAACAGCAAAUAUCAAACUACUACCCUCCCUCAACGACUCAACGUCUCCUUCAGCAUUAUCAGCCUCCAACCUCAGAGAGCAAAGAAGACUGGGGGAAGCUAUUUGGCAAGAUAAUUGCCGAUGGCCAGGUCAGGGCUCCAUCGCGUUACCUGGUCAAAAUACUUACAGACAAUGGGGUUGAUAUGGCAAAUAUCUGGCGCUACAGGAUCGCCUACCGACUUUCAUUUAUCACGGACAAGGUCGCCCCGGCUUCCUUUGGAGUCACUCAUGCUAUGGAUCGCCCUAUCUGGAACUACUCUCUCACGCAUGGCCCAACUCCAGCGGAGCGGAACUUGAUGUCGGAAUGGAUAGGGGAUCUUUGUGCUUUCAUUCAUGGCACAGAGGGGCAUUCAUAUGGAACCUCUUCUCCCGAUGAAUACAAGGUCAUGACCGGGGAAGGGAGGAUAGAUGUUCAGAAAGAUCCCUUGUGGGACGAGUUGACAAGGGCAAUGGAGUUAUUUUCGGGGUAA